CCUGUCGUUCAGCCUGUCCCUUUAAGCUCCGCCGCGAAUUCCCCCAGUGCCUCCCACCGCCCCCGCCGGCGCCCCGCAGGCCGGGGCGGGUGAGCUGCCGGGGAAGGCACCUGGUGGCAACGGGAAAAGCAAAGCAGAACCCAUCUGUAGAGCUGCUCAGAAAGCAUGGACCAGAUAAAGCCAGGGCAAGGCACCCAGAGGAGGAGACUGGGGGCCUGCUGCUGGAAGGUAACCGCUGCUGCUGCCGUGGCAGGCAGCGCAACAGCCCUCUGCCUGGGGAUCCUGCUGGCCUGCCGUUCUGUGGAAGAGGCCAGCUUUGAGCACACAGUGGAGCUGCAAGGAAUCACGUUCAAUAGCAGCUUACAGACUGAGAACUCAGACUACUACAGGGUGCUGACACCUGCUCUUGAGAGGCUGUUUCUGUCCAGUCUCCAAGACUCCCAGCUAAACUGGAGUUGCACUGGUUGCACCAUCCUGGGCUACAGGAAUGGAAACUCCAGUGUGAUCGUCCAUUUCCGCCUCCUCUUCACCCCCCAGGAUUCCCAACCCCUGAGCUCUACCUUGGAGGAGGAAGCUUUCAGACAUGGGCUGGCGGCUGCCCUGCACAAGCAGGGUUUCUCCCUGGCUGCCUACGGGACCAUCUCCUCAGCUUCUCUCGCAGGUCCCAACAAAGUUUCUUCCCACAGACCUGGACUGAAAUCAGACUGUGGGAGUCGCCCUGCCAUGCAGACUGCCAGCAGGAUAGUCGGAGGCUCAGAGGCAUCCAGAGGGGAGUUCCCAUGGCAAGUCAGCCUUCGAGAGAACAAUGAGCACUUUUGUGGUGCUGCAAUCCUCACAGAGAAGUGGCUGGUGUCUGCCGCUCACUGCUUUACUGAGUUUCAGGACCCAGCCAUGUGGGCAGCUUACACAGGGACCACUUCCCUCAGAGGCUCUGAUGGCAGUGCAGUGAAAAUGGACAUUUCACAGAUCAUCCCACACCCCUCUUACAAUGCUGACACAGCUGACUAUGAUGUGGCUGUGCUGGAGCUGAAGAGACCUGUGACCUUCACUAAGUACAUCCAGCCUGUGUGCCUGCCAGAUGCUGGCCAUCACUUCCCCACGAGCAAGAAGUGCCUUAUCUCUGGCUGGGGCUACCUCAAGGAGGAUUUCUUGGUGAAGCCUGAGUUCCUGCAGAAAGCAACAGUGGAGCUCUUAGACCAGAACCUAUGUUCCAGUCUCUACAGCCAUGUCCUCACAGACAGGAUGAUGUGUGCUGGCUACCUGGAGGGGAAAGUUGACUCCUGCCAGGGUGACUCUGGUGGGCCUCUGGUUUGCCAAGAACCAUCUGGCAGGUUUUUUCUGGCGGGAAUUGUGAGUUGGGGUAUUGGAUGUGCUGAAGCCAGGCGGCCUGGGGUUUACACACGUGUUACCAAACUCAGAGACUGGAUCUUGGAUGCUAUUUCAGCCUUCCCUACCUCCAUAGCCCGUACUGUUCCUCCAAUGCACUUCAGGACUAGCAGUAACAUGAUCAGUGCUGAAGAGGUCAACACCACCACCAGAGCAACUCCGACCACCUUAGCAGCCCCAGCUGGCAGCAGGCCAGUGCCUGCAGCAGGACCACAAGAGUGUGGAGGACGACCCGGGUUCUCUAAACCCAGUAGGAUUGUGGGAGGAACAGAUGCUUCCAGAGGAGAGAUCCCUUGGCAAGUCAGCCUGAAAGAAGACUCCAGACAUUUUUGUGGAGCCACCAUCAUUGGGGACCGCUGGCUGCUGUCAGCAGCUCACUGCUUCAAUGAGACAAUGCCAGAAGAGAUUGAAGCCUAUGUGGGAACAACAUCAAUAAAUGGAACAGACGAGAAUGCAGUGAAAGUCAAUGUAACAAGAGUGAUCCCACAUCCCCUCUUCAACCCCAUGAUUCUGGACUUUGAUAUUGCGGUACUUGAACUGGCAAGACCUCUUGUCUUCAACAAAUACAUACAGCCUGUGUGCCUCCCACUUGCCAUGCAGAAGUUUCCUGUUGGCAAGAAAUGCCUCAUUUCUGGAUGGGGUGACCUCCAGGAAGGGAAUGACACUAAGCCCGAGAUCCUGCAGAAAGCAUCUGUGGGCAUCAUAGAACAGAACACCUGCAACUUCCUCUACAACUUCUCCCUCACUGACCGAAUGAUCUGUGCUGGCUUCAUGGAGGGGAUGGUAGACUCAUGCCAGGGAGAUUCAGGUGGGCCCUUGGCCUGUGAGGUGACCCCGGGAGUGUUUUAUCUUGCUGGCAUCGUGAGCUGGGGAUUUGGUUGUGCCCAGGCUAUGAGACCUGGUGUGUAUUCCAGAAUUACCAAACUCACAGACUGGAUCCUGGACACCAUCUCCCAGUUGCCCAGUGGUGGCACAAGCAUCCCUCCCAGUUCAGCCAUUCCUAGAACUUCCACCACAGCCAUUUUUAUCUGGCCCAGCACAGUGGCUGCAGGUCCAGCCAGCAGAACCACCCUGGGAACAAAGCUGACUACUACCAUGAGUGAAACCUCCACAGCUCUGAGAUCGACCGAGACUGCCAAGUCUACCCAAACCCCAGUGGUGCCUUGUACCAGCCUCACUUUCAAGUGCUCCAGCAAGGUGUGUAUUGGAAAAGAAAAUCCUGAAUGUGAUGGUGUUGUGGACUGCAGCAACGGCUUCGAUGAGCACAACUGUGACUGUGGCUCAACAACCGCUCUGGCCUUUAGCAAGAUUGUGGGUGGCAGCAGUGCGGCUCGAGGAGAAUGGCCUUGGCAAGUCAGUCUCUGGCUUCGGCGGAAGGAGCACAAGUGUGGGGCUGUCCUCAUUGCUGAUCGCUGGCUGCUCUCUGCAGCUCAUUGCUUUGACAUUUACAGUGACCCCAAAAUGUGGGUGGCCUUUCUAGGAACACCCUUCCUGAGUGGCAUCGAUGGCAAAAUGGAGAAAAUAUUUCGUAUCUACAAACACCCUUUUUACAACAUCUACAGCCUAGACUAUGAUGUGGCACUACUGGAACUGAGCACACCUGUCACGUUCAGCAGCACCAUCAGACCUAUAUGUCUCCCAGACAAUUCUCACAUCUUCCAUGAAGGGGCCAGAUGCUUCAUCACAGGCUGGGGCUCCACAAAGGAAGGAGGUCUCAUGUCAAAGCACCUGCAAAAAGCAGCAGUGAACAUGAUCGGAGACCAGGCCUGCAAAAAGUUCUACCCUGUCCAGAUCAGCAGCAGGAUGCUGUGUGCUGGUUUCCCACAGGGCACCGUCGACAGCUGCUCAGGUGAUGCAGGUGGGCCCCUGGCAUGUAAAGAACCUUCAGGGAAGUGGUUUCUAGCAGGAAUCACAAGCUGGGGCUAUGGCUGUGCCAGACCAUACUUCCCUGGUGUCUACACCAAAGUCACAGCUGUCCAAGGCUGGAUUGUGCAGAACCUCAAGCUCUGAAACUGCAUUUCACCACUCAGGGAAGGCGAUGAAGCUGAGGAAUAACUGCCAGAGGAUGCACUAACCCCGCAGCUACUGUACAUAUUUCUGAUGUUGCAAAGGGGUGAAGACUGCCUUGCAGGUAUUGAGCAAAUGCCAGUGUUGUGUGACCUGCUGGUUGUUACACCAAGGCAUUUGAUAACUGCUUUGCAUAGAAGGGUACAAAUUCUAAACCUUUUCUAUAAAUAAAUGAAGCCUGUCCCAUCUUAAGACCUGGCCAAACACA